UUAGUUUGGUUAUAGGCAGCUUGUUUGUUAGGUUUAAGUUUUUUUUAUAAAGUUUUGUAUUACAUUUGAACAGUUUUUCAAUAAAAAUGUAUUGAUUUAUUAGUGAAUAAGCUUCGUUAAGUGUAAGCGUGAAAAUGGAGAAGAUAAACUGCAGUUUGCUAUUGAUAUCCCUCUGUGCUUUGUUAUGGGGUGUGGCCGGCCAAUACGAGUGGCAAUUGAGAGAUGCUUUCGAUGAAAUUAGAGGCAGAAUUGACAGAGUUUCCGCAGAUAACUGCUAUAUUACACAUCUUGAUGAUUUGUUUCUUCCGUCAGACUCUGUUUCGCAUCAUCCGGAUGUAAAAGAGAUCAAUAUUAACCCUGUCUUUCCUAACCGAACGGCGCUGCUUCAUUUACACAACAUGGCAAUGAAUCGAGCGUUUUUCUGGAGCUAUAUCCUGCAGUCUAGGUUUAUCCGACCGGCUAUCAAUGAUACAUACGAUCCCGGUAUGAUGUAUUACUUUCUUUCAUCAGUGGCGGAUGUUUCUGCAAAUCCGUACAUAAACGCCAGUUCUAUAUACUUCUCGCCGAAUAUGUCGUACACGUCGUCAUACAGAGGGUUCUUCAAUAAGACCCUGGCCAGGUUUGCACCUAGAGCCUACAGAUCUGACGACUUUAAUGAUCCUGUGCAUCUACAGAAGAUCUCAACCAUGAAUACAUUCAUUGCUGAAGAUCUGGGAGCAUUUGAUCCAGAGAGUUUGUCCAAAGACUAUACAUCUGAUUUUUACCGCACUAAUGAAUGGUACAGCAAGUGGCUUCCUGAUAGGGUUGGAGAUCGACAUGACACUAAAACAACGUACCAGGUUGAAAUAAGAUAUGCAAAUAACACUAAUGAGACAUUUACGUUUCAUGGACCUCCUGGUAAUGAUGAGGUACCGGGCCCUGUGAACUGGACGCGCCCUUAUUUUGACUGCGGAAGGCUAAACAAAUGGCUGGUUGCUGCAGUCUCCCCAGUUGCAGAUAUCUUCCCGCGGCACACACAGUUCAGACACAUUGAAUAUCCAAAAUAUACGGCUGCUGUAGUGAUGGAGAUGGACUUUGACAGGAUAGAUAUAAACCAAUGCCCCGAGAGUCAGGGCAAUGAUAAGCCGAACCGGUUUAAAGCAACAGCAAGAUGCAAAAACGAAACAACAGAGUGCGAGCCUAUUCACGGCUGGGGUUUCCGCCGCGGCGGCUACCAGUGCCGCUGCAAGCCGGGCUACCGCCUGCCGAGCAUAGUCCGUCGCCCGUAUCUAGGCGAGAUCGUCGAGCGAGCCACCUCCGAUCAGUACUUUAACAACUUUGACUGCCUGCCUAUUGGAUGGAUCCAGCGACUGCCCGUGAAAUGGGAGCGUUCGCUGCCGUUCCUCCGCGCCAUGUACCUGGACAAGUACUCCGAAUACGUGAACGCGAGCUCCGGCCCGGCCGCGCUGCACACGGAGCGCCCCAACGUCUACGAAGUGCUUAGUUUCAUACGGAGCGUGCAGCCUCACAACUGCUCAUUAUACAACCCAUCCGAUCUCUUCUUGAACGGCGACAUCGCUUACGGCGCAGAAGAGCAAUUCGCCAACCAGGCCAAGAUGGCAGUCCGCUUGGCCAACUUCAUCAGCGCGUUCCUGCAGAUAUCCGACCCGAUGGAGGUGUUCAGCGGCACACGCGUCGCCGACAAGCCGCUCACUGAGGACCAGAUGAUUGGCGAGACCCUGGCUCUAGUGCUUGGAGACUCGAAGAUUUGGUCUGCCGGUAUAUUCUGGGACAGAAACAAAUUCAUAAACCGAACUUUCUUCGCACCAUUUGCUUACAAGACUGAACUCAACACUAGGAAAUAUAAACUUGAGGAUCUUGCGAGGCUCAACACUACUGAGGAACUCUACACAAACCAACCAUGGUUCCAAUUCCUGAAACAACGGUGGCUGACCAACUUCGACAGUCUCGAGAAAUUCUUCCUCAAAAUGAAGAUCCGCGACGACGAGUUCGGCAAAUACUUGAAACACUACGAGAGAUACCCGACCUCGUAUAUGGCGGCCAAUCUGAAGCAUGGCCACUGGACAACACCGUACUUUGACUGUAAAGGCCAUCUGAAGCAGUGGGUUACCACGUAUGCCGCGCCGUUCUUUGGGUGGGACAGUGUUAAAGUUAAACUGGAAUUCAAGGGCGUAGUGGCGGUGACAAUGCAGCUGAUGUCUUUGGAUAUCAACCAGUGCCCGGACAAGUACUACGUGCCCAACGCCUUCAAGGGAACAGAUAAAUGUGACAGGCUAUCUUCUUAUUGUGUACCAAUCCUCGGUCGCGGCUUCGAGGCCGGCGGCUACAAGUGCGAAUGCCUCCAAGGCUACGAGUAUCCGUUCGAGGACGAGAUCACCUACUACGACGGGCAGAUCAUGGAGGCCGAGUUCCAAAACGUCAUCGAGGACAAGAAGACCCGUAUAGACAUGUUCAAGUGCAGGCUGGCGGGCGCAGCGGCCAUACAGAGCAGCUUCGCUGUGGUAAUAGCUGUAUUAUGUUUAAUUUAUAAGCUUAGGUAAACAGUGCACUGAGAAUUAAGUAUAAAGUUAUUGCGGCGGAUAAAUAAAAGCCACUUCGGUAAGCCCUUUAAAUUGUAUAAAACUUACAGUAUACCUACGUGUGAGCCGACUUUUUUUUUAUUUGAUACACUAGCAGCUCUUAGAGCUGAUGCGUGUAUAUCGAAGCACUGGUAUUUUAUUUUGCACUUUUUAAAGUUCUAAAAUGUGUAUCCAGUCUAUUUUUGAAAGUUUUUUGAUACAUAAAAAAAAUAUCAUAAAAUGUGCGUCGCACUGGGAUGCUGAUAUAGACUUACAAUGACAUGGAGUUGAAAUCUUGAUCGGAUAAGCCUUAAGCGAAAUAAUUAAGGUGUAAAUAUGUAGACAAUUUUUCAUGUAUGUCCAAAAGCUAUAAAAAAAUACCUGAUAGUUUUAUUAUCUUACUUUUUAUUUUUACGAGUUGUACUAUUUUAUUUUUAGAAUAUCAACAUUUACUUUGUAUCAGAUUUUUCUAUUUUAACAUAAAAAUAAUGUUGACUUCCGAUGCGUAAACACCGUCCAUAUAAUAUUAGACUGAUGUAGUUAUGUUACUUAUGAUGUUGAAUCUCAUUUGUGGUAUUAAAAGACACUUUACAUGAAUCUAGUUAGGAGUUAGUAACAUUUUAUAUAGGAACUGAUAUUAUCCGCUUAUUCUUGACUUAUUUUUGCCUAUCGUACUUACAUUUUUUUCGCUUAUAGAUUUACAUAUUUUUUAAUUUUUUGUUCGACUUUUAUAAUAGUUUGAAUUUUAUUAUGAUGUAUUUAAUGUCCGUGCCGUCCAUAUUUGAGACUGAUUGUGAAGUUCACGUGACGAAAGUUGAGGUCGAUAUCAUUACAUUACAUGGGUAUUUUUUUACAAACUAUUCGCGUGAGCCAUGUAUAAUAAUAGCAGCUAUUGAUUCCAGUUCCAUUUGGAUUAAAACAAAGCAUUUAUUAGAAGCAAUCACACUAGAUUAAAUGAUGCUAUUCCAGUGAAGUUGUUAGUAGAUAUGACAUUUAAGUCAAUUAGAUAUAAGAAAAUCAUAUCACCCUUUAGAAAAUCGCACAAGUAUUAAAUUGUGUGGUACUAUACAUAAAUAAGUAACAUUAGAGUGCACACUCCAUACAUGGGUAAAAUAGAAGCCAAUAAGUUUCAAGCAAGGUUUUCGAAAACUUAUUUGUGAUAAAAAUUUGAGCUAAUUUAUUAAUAUAUAAUAGUGAGUCUUAG